GUGCUAUUCUUUUUUUAGCAGAAUUGCAUGCAAAAUUGUAUGCAAAUUUAUUGGCUUGCUAAGUGCAAGAAUAUGAAUAAAUUUAGCUAUAUGACGUUGUCAGGGGGUUAGGAAAUCAGAACUUUUUUUAGAUGUGCAAAAAAAAUGAUGCGUUGCAAAACUUUUUAUGAAAAAACCAUUUCCCUUUCAUUUCGAAACUUUUACCAAUCUUGACAAGUAUUUUCUCUGAAAAUGGCUGAUGUAGCUAUCAUCGACGGUUCUGGAGGGGAUUAUCUCGUCCCCCCGAAUAAAAUCGAGGAGGUGGAUCAAGUAACAAUUCGACCAGACAAACAACUCCCCAAUGAGACAAAGGUGUCCCCAGAAAUCGUGCACCAAACCUACCAAAUUUGCAAUAAGUUAGCAACAACGCCAACGUUAACAACUCUUGCUCAUCCGGAAAGGUCGAAACACAUUUUGUAUGCAAAUGAUCGAGUCGCCAAGUUCAGUGACGAAGGGCAACUUUUGUUCGGUUUCGUGAGCAUCAAUCGCGUCACGAAGGACACCCGGAUCGAUUGGGACAAUGGGAAGGAAGAAAAACUGAGUUAUACGGGGGGCAAGGGUAUCGCUUUAAAGGCCAAGGUUGGUGUUAUGGAUCGGAGAUGUGUCGGAUUUGGGAGUAAGGUCACGAAUGACGAAAAGACUGGUCAAGUCAGAGAGAAGCGUUUCUUGAUCACGGUCGCCCUCGAGAAUAACUUGAACGUGGUGAUUAAAGAUGUGGAUUGUGAAGAUUUGAUUCGCAUUGGGUAUUCCAAGAAGGACGAUAAAAUCGUUUACAACAACGAAUGGGUCGGUCUUGUAGCGGACACUCGAGCCGGAGUUUAUUUCAAGAUGGAUAAGGAUGGAAAAUUGGGAUUCGUUCCAGACGACAGUUACGGAUUUGUCUUUCCACGUCCGGGGGAUAGGAUCGAGAGCAUGUUGAUUUACCAUUUGUGGGAUACUAGGUGGAUCACUUCUGGACAAAUUUGGUGGUGGAAUUUUUUCCGAUAUAUGGGAAAUUCGGCGACCAUCUUGGAGACCAAGAUUGACUGCAUCACGCUCGCCUGGAUGAGAAACAUAAAUAUGGGGAAGGUGUUCGAGAUUGGGGGUAAAUCUCUUCCACCAAAUACACUUCGACGAGAGGAGGAAGUGAAAGAAGUUAAACAUUUGUAUGGUCGAAAUUGGAAAUAUAUCCGAGAGCUUGACACUUGGAAUUACAAGUUGAAGGAGGAGGACAAACUGAUGAAUUUUCAUGACUGGGUUCUGGAGCUGUCGGAGGAGACGUUUUUUGGUCCACCAGAAGACUACGUACUUAUUGGAAAUGAGGAGAAAGAUAACCUUCCACAAAUGUGUCUGGAUCUUAUGGAAUCUGAGAAACCGAUAGGCGUCAAAAUCGCAGCGAUUCGAAGUGUCGUGGAUAUUGAAUGGGACGACGGUUCUAUUGAAACGCUACCUUCAUACAAGGUGAAACCUCAUCAGUACGACGGGACGGACACUCCCCCCGCUUUCUUUGCAGGAGAUAUCGUAUCCGAUUUGAAUAUCGAAAAGUCGUCUACCUAUGGUUAUGUUGUCCGAGUGUAUCGUGACACUGCUCUCGUCACGUGGAUCGAUCCCAGUGGUCAUCAUCUCCCCAAAAUAUCGCAACCUACAAGAGUGCCAAUUUCGGAAAUUGGUCUUCACAUAGACUAUCUCUACCUGAAAUCUCUAAAUCAUAUUCCCGUUGUUGUUUCGAACGUGAAAAAUAUUCAAGGUAUGAGGAUCCCUGUGGACGAUGUGCUGUACGGGGUCGCAGUUGGGAUCAACGUAGCAGAAGCUAAGAUCAUAGUAAAAGGUCCCGAUGAAGUGGAACGACUCGUCUGGGCUCAUGAUUUUGAACAUUUUGAGGGAGACGUGGCCUACGACACUUCGAAAACCAAGUGGAUCCCGUGGUACAAAUUUGACACUUUAAAAAAUCCCAUCCGCGAUUUCUGUCUGGCAGAUCAAUACCUACGAGAUCGGAAACUUCCAUUGGCCGUAACGUCCACGACAAUUCAUGAAGAUAACGGAGAUGUAGCUGUGAAACCAAAGAUUAUGCGGUACCUGGAUAAUUGGUUUUCCUCGGAACGUUAAUUAGUGUAUUCUAAUAUGUAUCACACAAACAUCAUUUUAGCAUUUAAAAUUUAAAUCGUCAAUCCAAAUUUUAGCCUGAAUUUUAUGAAACUCAAAAAAUCUUUCCCAGUGAAACGAGAAAUGUUUGGUUAGUAAUUGCCGUCUUACCGGUAUGUACAUAUCCAUGAAAUGCAAAGUAAAGUAUAUGUAAAUUAAUGUAAAUAAAGUCAUCGCUAGUUAAAUAAAAUGAAAAAAUAGCAGACAAUUCCUAAUGAACAAUUCUUAGUAAUAUUGAUGAAAGUGUUUCCGAAAUUUGUUUAUGUAACAAGAAAUACACGAGCUUUGUUUAUAUCAAAACAGUGCUUUGUUUAUGAAAUACUACAACUUUGUAUGUGUUCAUUUCAUACGUAAUAAAAUAUAUUUCUCUCUCGACAAAAAAGGAGUGAAAAUGUGUUUCUCUGUAAUUUUUGAAAUGCAGAACGCUAUUACAUUUUUUUGUUUUUUGUUAUUUACACAAAGUAAAAUUAAAUAUAAAAAUUUCAAUUACAUAAGUCUUUGCAUACGGUUUUACGUGCCUAAUUUUGUUUACAAAUCUUGCUUCAGAUGGUGAAUCAAUCCCAAGUCCACUCAUUUCCAAUUCAGGGCUAGAAAAAAUUUCGAAAAUCGGUACUACCACUACAACUACUACCACGACACAAAAACCGGAAACUGUCCCGGAAUGGAUUUCAAUACCUAUAAGAAAUAAUUCCACCCUUCAGACGCAGGUCGUACCCAAUGACAAACAAAGCAUUUCACCCAUGCAAAACUUAUCCAAAAAUGUGACCAUGAACAAUGUCAGCAGCGUGGAACAAACUCAAGUUGUCCAAGAAAUCCAACCUGCUGGUUGGAUGAUUUUAAGAACAGAGAACCCUCAACAAGUGCAAGAUGACAAAUCAAAACCUGAUACUAAAUCAGUUGAACAACUUGUAACGACAACGACCUCGAGACCGGAUGUCUUACAGCGUCCACAGAAAAUGGGAAAUCCUCCUCCUCACCAAAUCGCUCCACCCUUGGAGAAUAAUAAUCCUACCAAAGAAGUGGAUUGGAUUGGUAUCCCGAUUCGACGCAAUGAUAGAAGUUCUCCGAAACGGAACGCUACAACGACUACGACUACCAUGUUACCAGAGAUUGAA